UUGAAAAUUCACAAGCGCACGGCACGCGAGAAAUACUAUGGAUAGGAGUAUCUGGAGAAAUGCAGGCCCCUGGAUGGCUGAUCCUUCAGUGGUGCUACCGCCCGUGGUAUUUCCUCUCUCGGGCCCUCCGGUGUGCGCUACCUUGGGGGAUCCGUCUCGUCCGGGGUGCCUGCGCUCCGUCUAUGACCAAGCAACGGCCGCCACUUACAUCGAGCUAAGCUACGUCGUCCUCCGCGCCACCACCCCAGCCGAGAAGUUCUACCUGGAGCCGUCCAAGAAACACGACGGGCUCCUGCACGUCAGAUGCUCCGACGGCGACAAAUACUGGGUCGCCCAGCAGCUACGCGCGCCCGGCGGCGGCGGCAGUACCUGGUUCAUCUGUGCCACCGCAGAUGAACCGGAGGAGGACCUGACCAAGCCGUCCUGCACCUUGUUCGACUUCAGGCCUGACUCUACCACCAAACGCACCGCCAGGUUCUUUCAUUCCCAGCAAAAGAAGUAUGCUUGCAUGCUUUCUGUGUCUGGUCCAGGCAAAGCCUACUUGCAACUAAGAGAUAACCUAGAAGCUGAUAGUUCUAAUAUGAGUCUCUUCAGUGUUCGUCGCUUGUCACACGACAAGGAACUGCCCAAGUAUGUUGUCUUCAAAGGCGACAAUGGCAAGUACCUCACAGCACACGAAACAUCAGUUGAUAUCUUUCUGGUGUUUUCAUCGUCUGAUAUUGCAGAUCCAACUGUGAUCCAAGAGACCUAUACCGACGAGUAUGGCGUCGUCUAUAUAAAACAAGUUGCCUCAAAAGUGUAUUGGAGGCGUGGCCUUGAAGGUGGCCAUGCUGUAAAUUGGAUGAUGGCCGACAUAGGCAGCAGGGACUACGGAAUGGUUGACUGUUUGUUCAAGGUGGUCAUCAAGGAUGACAACUACAUUGCAGUCCUAUCCCAUGGCAACGGCAAAUUUUGCAGGAGGGUAACCAUCGACGACAAGAUAGAUUACUUCCAUGCUUCUUCCGACGAUGGCAAUACGAAAGAAGCAACGUUCCAGAUUGAAGAACCGGUCCGUUCUCGAGAAAUCUAUGAUGUCGAGUACCGCGUUGGGGGAAAGAAGACCAGCACCAACAAAAAUGUCUCCAGGACCCUUGUGCUUGCUACCAACAGAACACAUGAAACCCACAACGCCCAAACCACCAUCGAACUGUAUGACAGAAUAGAGAGUACCUGGGAUGCCAAGUUAACACUCGACGUAGGUAUCAAGGCCAAGUUGUCAGCCGGCUUGCCAUUCCUGAUGGAAGGCGAUGUUGAAAGUCAUCUUGACUUUCAUGGAGAGUAUAAUUGGGGUGAAACCAAGAUACAAGAAACUAAGCGCUCCAUAGAAUACUCAUAUCCUGUGCCUCCCAUGACUAAGGUGACAUGCAGCAUAUUUUCAAGAGAGGACGUCGUUGAUGUUCCCUUCUCGUACAUGCAGAAGGAUGUUCUGCUCAGUGGGGAAGUAGUUCCCCCUCGCCAGUUGCAUGAUGGCGUCUAUCGGGGUGCCAAGUCCACUGAUGUCGACAUCGACACCAGCGAAGAAAAGAUCACAUAAGUAAUGCAUGCAUAUGGCUGCCGCUAUAUGCGUACUAAAUAAACAAAGUCCAUCGUCUAUGUUAUGAUUUACUUUGUACUAGAUACAUCCAUUUUGACGAUAAGUAUUUUCGAAUGGAGGAAGUAAUAAGCAAUGAAUGCUUCGGGAUCGGAGGGGCAUCCACGGCCAUGCAUGGUUUUCUGUUAGUGCACCACGCACGUACUGUAUCUCUUUUUCUGUUCCUACUAUAAUAGACAAGUUAUUUCUAUUAUGCUUAA